CCACGGUGCUAGCCGGUAGCCGGUAACCUUCCAUCCAGAAAUCUCAAAUCCCGAGCCCUACACUCUGACUCUGCACCAUCACCAUGCCAUGACUGUGAUCUAGACUCACCCGCCGAUAAGGCGAUGAAUCCUUCUCUAGCUUCUUCUUCACCGUCCUCCUCCACCACCACCACCACCACCGCCUCCUGGUUCUCCGGAAUCGUUCGAAUCCGUCGCUCCACUUCCUCCGACACCUUGAAAAUGUCCGCUAACUCCUCCGCCGCCGCCCCUGACUCCGCCGGCCCCGUCCUCCGCAAAAAUCACUUCCGAGGGGUUCUCUUCAAGUACGGUCCCAAUCCUAUUCAGGUUGCAUUCAAAACUGGUGAUUUCAAACGGCAACUCAUUUUCAUUGGUGGAUUGACUGAUGGUUUUCUUGCUACUGCAUACUUAGAACCACUGGCAAUUGCUUUGGACCGCGAGAAUUGGUCGUUAGUUCAAUUUCUUAUGUCAUCUUCUUAUACUGGAUAUGGCACCUCCAGCUUGCAACAAGAUGCUAAGGAGCUGGAUCAGCUGAUUAAUUAUUUAAUUAACAAAGAAGAUUCUGAAGGUGUGGCAUUACUUGGGCAUAGUACUGGCUGUCAGGAUAUUGUACAUUACAUGCGCACCAAUUUUGCAUGCUCCCGAGCUGUUCGUGCUGCCAUUUUACAGGCUCCAGUGAGUGAUAGGGAAUAUCAAGCUACACUUCCGCAUACUGCUUCUAUGAUUGACUUGGCUGCUAAGUUGAUAAGUGAAGGCCGAGGUUCUGAGUUAAUGCCAAGGGAAGCAGAUCCUAGUGCCCCUAUAACUGCCUAUAGGUAUCACUCCCUCUGUUCAUAUAAUGGCGAUGAUGACUUGUUCAGUUCUGAUCUCAGUGAUGAUCAAUUGAGGAUGAGACUUGGACACAUGUCUAGCACACAUUGCCAGGUUAUAUUUUCGAUGGCUGAUGAAUAUGUGCCAGAAUACGUUGAUAAGAAAGCACUGGUUGAGCGAUUAUGCAGAGCAAUGGGAGGUGCAGAGAAAGUAGAGAUCGAAUAUGGAAACCACUCCCUUUCUAACAGAGUUGAAGAAGCUGUCCAAGCUAUUAUUGACUUCUUAAAAAGAGAGGGACCCAAAGGCUGGGACGAUCCAUGGAAUUAAUAUGGGUGUCUUAAUUAAUCUUUGCCGCCUUCUUGUUUGUUACUGUAGUUUUGAUUCAUUUUGUUAUUGUUAAUCUUUCAUUUUUCUCCCAUAUUUUUUCUUUUUUUUUGGUGGGGGUUAUUUAAAUCUGCUGGGGUUGUUAUUUGCAGCCUAAUUUUUUGUUGAUAUAAUAGAUGUUAAUAUAUAAUGACUUCAGAAAAAUAGUGCAUUGGGUUUUACAUCAA